AUGACGUUACAUAAUUUAUCCUUCGCGUGUUUCGCCUUAUCCGCGUUACCCUGGCAGAUAGCAAUAGCAAUAAUUCCGGCGAUGCAUUUAAUCAUCGUAAGAAACGUACAAGAUGCAAAUUGUAAAGUGGAGACAAAAAUCAUCGGUGGAGUGCCUGUGGACAUAAAAAGUCGUCCAUUUAUGCUAUCCCUUCACAAUUCUGAAGGAUUCAUAUGUGGUGCCAGUAUUCUAUCAAGCAACUGGGGUAUCACUGCUCUCCACUGUUUAGUUUCAGGGAGGACGUCGAAUUAUUUUGUACGAGCAGGCUCGAACAACCCUUACGCCGGAGGCUCCUUGCAUAGGUUAAGAAAAAUAUACGCGUACAAUGAUACAAGACUUCCAUAUCUGUUGUCAGGCAUGUUGUAUCAUGACGUAGCUCUUUUUCAAGUAAAACCUCGAUUUCAAUUUUCAAGUACUGUUAAAGCAAUUCGACUUCCUGGGGAAUUUAGUACGCCACCUAGAAAAUUGCAUGUUUGCGGCUGGGGUUACACCUCCAUUCACGAUAAUCCAAAAGUCAGCAACGUCCUAAUGGGCGUCUACGUGCGUCACACCCCCCACGAAAUUUGCAUCAAUGAGACUCCAGAAUACAAAAUACUAGUUAAAAAAGAAUACCAUCUUUGUUACGGAACAUUAGGAAAAGAUUCUUGCUAUGGCGAUUCAGGAGGACCAUUGGCAAGUAAGAACACCAUUUAUGGUGUUGUGUCUUUUGGCCAUAACUGUGCUGUAGUGUCAGGAGUGUACGAGAACGUUUCCUAUUAUCGACGGUGGAUCAAACAGAUCACAAAUUUGUAA